AUGGACAGGAUCGAUCGCCUCCGGGAGGAAAUCGCCAGGCGCGAGUCCGAGCUUGCAGACCUCAAGUCACAACUGGCCAUCGCAGAGGCAGCGCGGACAACUCCUCUCGAGCCGAAAGAUGACCCUUCUUGGCCCUGGCCGCUGAGGCAUGACGAGUAUCAACGGUACGGACGACAAAUGGUCGUCCCCGGAUUCGGCCUCCAAGCGCAACUCCGGCUCAAACGCAGCAGCGUCCUCAUCGUCGGUGCCGGCGGGCUCGGCUGCCCUGCUGCGGCAUACCUCGCCGGUGCCGGCAUCGGCACGCUCGGUCUUGUCGACGCCGACGAGGUAGAGGCCUCGAACCUGCACCGACAAAUCGCCCACUCGACCGGCCGCGAGGGCAUGAGCAAGGUCCUCAGCGCCGUGACCUACCUUCGAGACCUGAACCCUACCAUUCGCUACAAAACCCACCAAGAGCAUCUCACGCCCCGAAACGCCCAAGACAUUGUCUCGCAGUACGACCUCGUCCUCGACUGCACCGACCAUCCGACGUCGCGCUACCUCAUCUCCGACAUUUGCGUGCUGCUCUCCAAGCCUCUCGUCUCGGCGUCGGCCUUCCAGACAUCGGGCCAGCUUGCCGUCUUGAACAACCCCCCCGGCAAGGGCGCCUGCUACCGGUGCCUGUUCCCGAAACCGCCGCCUCCCGAGAGUGUUGUGGGAUGCGGCGAGGGUGGCAUCGUAGGCCCCGUCGUAGGCGUCAUGGGGGUGCUGCAAGCGUUGGAGGCCAUCAAGCUCGUCGUUCAUGGCCUGCUCGACAAGCCUGCCGGCGAUGCCGAGAAGGUGGAGAGGCCGGAGCAGGGCCAGGGUCAGCAGAGGAUGCUGAUAUUCAACGCCAUGGGGGACGGGCCGUCCUUUCGCUCCGUCCGCUUAAAAGGCAGGAGAAGCGGCUGCCUGGCCUGCUCGGACGAGAGCGAGCUGACGUUGGAUCGUCUCAGGACAUCCAUCGACUACGUCCAGUUCUGCGGCGUCGCCCGGCCCGUGGACGUCCUCGAACCGCAUGAACGCAUCACGGCCAAGGAGUACGACAAUGUUCGCUCCUCGGGAGUGCCGCACCUCCUCCUCGACGUGCGAGAAAGGGAGCACUUUAGCAUAGGCAGCAUGCCAGGCGCCAUCAACGUGCCCAUCAGUUGCUUCAACCGGCGAGAGGAGCUGCCCGAGGUGGCGGGCAAGGACGGGCCCAUCUAUGUCGUGUGCCGCCUGGGCAACGAUUCGCAGCUGGCGGUGCGCAAGCUGAGAGAGCGGGGGUUCGACGACGGCAACCGCUUCGUCGGAGACAUCACCGGAGGUGUCAAGGCGUGGCGGGAUACCGUCGACCCCAGGCUGCCAUUCCUCUAA